GCAAACUUUCCUCGGCUCUCAGGGAGAGGAGAUGAAUUACGAAUUCGAGCGAGAGAGCGGUUUUAUCAAUAGUCAGCCGUCGCUUGCUGAGUGCCUGACAUCUUUCCCCCCUGUCGCUGAUUCAUUUCAAAGUUCAUCAAUCAAGAGCUCGACGCUUUCACGCCCGACACUGAUUCCUCCUCCCUUUGAGCAGACCAUUCCCAGCCUCAACCCGGGCAGCCAUCCGCGGCAUGGCCGGCCUAGACACAGCCCCGACGGAUGCAGCCCGCUGCCUACCGCCUCCUUACCCCCGGAGUACCCAUGGAUGCGGGAGAAGAAAGCCUCCAAGAGGAACCACCUGCCGACUUCCACUGCUACUACCAUCUCCAACGGACCCGUGUGCUUCUCUCCGAAAGGCUCGCCUGAGAUCGUGGAGAGCGGUGGGGGAGGAGGGGGCUCCCGUCGGCUGAGAACAGCGUACACUAACACACAGCUGCUGGAGCUGGAGAAGGAGUUCCACUUCAACAAGUAUCUGUGCCGGCCCAGGAGGGUGGAAAUAGCGGCCCUACUGGACCUGACCGAGAGGCAGGUUAAAGUCUGGUUCCAAAACCGACGCAUGAAGCACAAGCGGCAGACCCAGAGCAAGGAGAACCACAACGGGGACGGCAAGGGGCUGAGCGCCGAGGACGGCAUUCACAGCGAGGAAGAGGACGAGGCCCCCCAGUACGAGCAGAGCGGGGCCCUGCUGGAAAGAGAUACCUGCUCCUUUCAAAACAACACACAGCAGCUCCACAAUGGAGAGUCGAUGAGCUUUGCUGCUGCGCCGCUGAACAGCAAUGACAAAAAUCUGAAACAUUUUCCCAACCCGUCACCCACUGUUCCGGGCUGCAUGUCAACAAUGGGCCCCGGCUCGGCAUCUGGCCCGGACAAUGGCGACAGUCCCCCGGCCCUGGAUGUUUCUUUACACGAUUUUCAACCUUUCUCCUCGGAUUCCUGCCUGCAGCUCUCCGAUGCAGCCUCGCCGAGCUUGUCAGAGUCUCUGGACAGCCCCGUGGACAUUUCUACGGACAGUUUCUAUUUUUUCUCGGAGUCUCUAACUACAAUCGACUUGCAGCAUCUGAACUAUUAACUAGAAUCAAUCAAAUAACUUUUUUCCCCUUCUUUCUUUCGGGACAAUAAAUAUCAGGCUACAACAACAUUAACCCCGAUGUUAUUUGUAUAUUCGGCACAUUUAUUCUGUUGAUAUUUGACUUGACGAUUAAUACAAGGUAAGGAUGAGAUUAAAUCACUGAAGCAGCUUAAACGUGGCUUGUAAUUACCAUAACAACUUGUUCUCUUGGAAUGGAAAUUAUGAGUGUUUGUGAAUAAUUAUACAAUAUUAGGCCUAUGGAACCUGGUCGUUUUUAUUUUUGUAUAGCUUCCAAUGUCUUGGAUAUUUUUGUUAGAAUACAAUUAACUUGCUACAAUCUUC